CGUAAGUAGUAUUUCAUUUCCUAGUUCUUAUUCAAACUUCAGCUCCCAGUGUUUAGGUUUCUCUGCAAAAGCUUAGGGUUAGGAUGCUCCAUUAGACCUAGUUCAUCAAGAAUUACACUAUUUUUCUUGAAAACCCUUCAAUAUUAUCAUGCCUCAGAAACAUUUGAUCUGUGAAUUCAGAUGAUGAAAAUGAACACUCCUUUACAGUAUCAUACCUUAUGAACAUUUGUGGGUUCUCUCUAAAACCUGCUUUAGAAGUUUCUAAACAGGUUCAUUUUAAAACCCCAGAUAAUGCUGAUUCUGUUCUUGAGAUUUCAAGAACCAUGGCUUCUCAAAGGCCCAUAUUUUGAACCUUGUGAGGAGAUGGCCUAGAGUGCUUUUGUGUAAACCUCACAGAACACUCUUUCCCAAGCUUGAAUUUUUCCAUUCUAAAGGGUUUUCAAGCCCUGAUGUUGUCGAAAUUAUAUCAACCUAUCCGUGGAUUUUGAGAAUUAGCUUUGAAAACAAGUUGGUCCCUGCUUUUGAUUUCUUUGAAAAUUUGCUCCAAUCUGAUGCCAUGGCUACCAAAGCAGUCAAACUUGACCCGCGCCUUCUAGAUGCUGGUCUUGAAAAGGCCGCACGUAUUGUUUAUAUUUUGUUAGAAAAUGGAGUCCCUAUGAAGAAUAUUGCUCUAUCAGUUCGGAUGAAGCCUGGUAUUAUGCUUUCGAAUCUGGAGAAUUUCAAAAGGCUUGUUCAGAAAGCAAGUCUAAUGGGAUUUCAUCCUUCCAAGAGUCAAUUUGUUGUAGCAAUUGUGUUGCUGAGGUCCAUGACCACAUCCACAUGGGAUAAAAAGCUUGAUGUGUAUAGGAGAUGGGGUUUGUCUCAAGAAGAAAUUCUUGCAGCAUUUGUAAAGAAUCCUUGGUUUAUGAGCUUAUCUGAAGAGAAGAUCACGGCAGUGAUGGUUCUUUUUGUCAACCAAUUGGGUUGGGAGUCUUCCUAUCUUGCCAAAAACCCAACUAUACCAUCAUAUAGCCUGGACAAAAGGCUUGUUCCAAGGGCUUUGUUAUUGCAAUUUCUAGUUUCUAAAGGCUUGGUUGAGAAGAGUUUCAGAAGCACUGCAUUCUUCUACACACCUGAAAGUAAGUUCCGGCAGAUGUUCAUAAAUCACCAUUCUGAAUCUACCCAGAUAUUGAAAUUUUACAACGAAAAACUGAAUCUUUCAUUAGUUGUAAACACUUCUACAUUUUGAAUCACAAUUGCUCUACAUUUUCAUUUGUUUUUUUAUU